CGCCGGCAUGCCGGCUGAUUAGACGUGACGUCAUAAAAAGGUGACGACGUUACUUUUACAUUCCACACUCGACCGGAGAAAUUAAAAGGACGAGGUGUCGGUUCGCUUCCAAAUAGUUUUAUAUGCUCAUGGGUUCACUUUUGGAGGAACAAGCACACCGUACGCGACACUCCGAAGAAGCGUUUUGAAGUGACGAGAGCGCGCGAAGUUGUGUUCUGCUAAACUGCUCCGACAACAUGGCGGCCGCGUCGUCAAGAGAAUGCCGUGGGGCAAAGUCCGCUGUGCCCGUCACCCCACCAGUGCGUCCGCUGUGGGGGGAGGAGGCGACGGGACGGCGGGUGUCCGUCGGCCAUGUCCCGCACGCCCUCAUGUACCUGUCGCUUAAGAUGGAUGUCACGACACCGCACAAAGAGGUCCAGCUGGAGGAGGAGAUUUUGUACCAGUACCCAGCGUCAGAAGCGUCCGCCGGUCUCAAAGGCGCGAGAGGAAUCUACUUGACGCUGUGCGACAUGCUGGAGAACGUCACCGGAGGUCAAAUUGUCAGUUCUACACUACUGCUGGACAAGCAUCUGGUGCACGUGGGCUACUGGAAGGAAGGUGACGCCCUCCUGGUUGUUGGGCUUCCGGCUGAGAGGGUUCCGUUGCUGUGCCUGCAGUCACUGGUGGCCGAUGCAGUGCGGACCUUAAGAGUCAUGCACGGAUCCUUGGACAGGGCCUUCCGUCCGACCGAGCACGCGCCAGAGCUGGACCGGUUUUUCUGCUUGUUCUUCCAAGAUCUCAUUCAGCCGUCCCACCUUGGAGAUACCCACUUAGCGACGCCCCCUGAAAUCUCCGGGAGCCGACUCCUCAACAGGCUGCCAGCCGUGCGCUGGCUCACACUGCCUGCAAAAGUCAAGACGGACCUGGACUCUGUUCUCAGUGACUUCGAAGCCUCUGAUUUUGGAGAAAUGUCGGAGGACUUCUUUGGGAUCAGGCGUCUCUACGGAAUCCUCGGCUCUUGCCUCUUCUUCAAGUCCUACCUGAUCGCCAACCAUCUUCCCAAAGAGGACCUGCUGGACAUUUGUGUGUACAUGCAGCAUUAUUACUUGUUGCCCGCGGUGUCCCAGCAGCGGGUUGGCCAGCUAGUGAUCUGGCGGGAGGUCUUUCCUCUGGGACAUCCUCGGGGACGUCACUUCCUCCUCAUUGUGGGCCUGAGGUCCUGGAUGCAGUGCGUGCUACUGGAGGUCAGAGGGUGCACGGCAAAUUCUUUUGCGCCUCCAGGACCUGACUGUGUCUACGUGGAUCAGGUCAAGGCCACAUUGCUACGAUUGGAGAUUAUGGAGGAGACGAUCGAGAAACACCUGAGUGGCCCCGCCGCUCCGCCCCCGUUUUGUGCCGACUCUCUCCUGCAAGGUGGGAGUCCCCAGGCCCGCCUGGACGGCCUGGCCCAAGGCAGCAGCUUCCUUGGAGAGAAAGGCCGGGACUCUGGGGUUGAGGGCAACAUGGACACGAAUCCAGUGGUCCAGUGGAGGAAGCCCUCGAACCCGUCCUACCUGGGCACAUUGAUGAAGACGCUGAGUCGGAGGGACGCAGACGAGAUGUCCCGGCGCCGAGAACACCGUGUUCCACUACGUGCUGGUGGAAACAGUCCAGGGAAUCUUCAUCGAGUCCGGGCAAACCGAGGAGGCUCCGCUCGGAGGAUCACUUCACCCGUUGCUCAUCCGCAACUUUUACCGCUGCUGCCUGUCCAUUCGAGCGGUACUGAAAGACAACAUGCUGGUGCGAGACCGGCGAGUGCCAGAGACUCCUCAGGGUUUGGGCCCAGUCAAAGAGCAUGGAGUCCUGUUCCAGUGUGUACUCGAAAACUGGGCGGACCAGCGGAAACCUGCUCCCACCCUGACAUACUGGGUCGUAGGGUAAAUCCGCUCCAGGGUCGGAAGGCAACAAAGUCCACAGCAGAGCUCACUUUUUGGACCUUCUGCUUCUUCUUUACCCCUCUUACAGGCGAUUGGUGCUGCAACCCGUUCCCCAAGAGCUGUACGUGUGUUUUCCCAACUCGGUACCAGCGCUUCCUGUGGAGAUGGCCUUCAAGCUGUCCUUUGGUCUGGCCACUUGAUUCAGAUUCUUUAGAAAGUUCAAUCGCAGAAGUUUUUUCCACCUUUCCUUUGCUUUGGUGGAAAAUGUCACCCGUUUAAGGCAAAAUCAAAAAGC